AUGUCGCAAAGGAAAAUGGCCGACCACAGGAAAAUCGAAGGAGCAGUAGACUCGAUAAGCAAUUUACCAGAUGUGAUCCUCCAACACAUACUCUGCUAUAUUCCGACCAAAUUAGCAAUCAGUACUUCCCUCUUGUCUAGACGAUGGAGGCAUGUAUGGUGCGAUAUACCUUCUCUCUCCUUAUACGUGAAUACACUGACUGCAGCUUCGGUAAACGAAACCCUAACUCGCUACACAGCUCCCAACCAGUGGCGGACCCAUUCACACUAUACUGAGAAUAUACCCUACAUCAACCUGUGGAUCAAGUGCGCCAUGUCACACAACGUUGAGAAUCUGUCCCUCCAAAUCUGGAAUCAAUAUUAUGAGUACAAGCUUCCAGAUUUCUUCUGCAACAGUUCUUCUUUAAGCAACUCAACAUCUCUGCUCAUACAAUUGUUCCUCUCGAGUGCAAUACUCUCUAAUGAAUCCAUGGCCAAGAUUCUAUCCGGUUGUCCGGUUCUCAAAAAGCUAAAGUUGUAUUACUGCUGUAAACUAAAGGUUCUUGAUCUCAGCAAAUCCCUAAGCCUGAGAACGUUAGAAGUAAAUAGCGUGAAGGUUGCGGGGCCGACGCAGAUUGUGGCACCAAACAUCCAUUGUCUCAGAUUGUUUAACUCUCAGUUAUCAUAUCCUUUACCUGAUGUCGCUUCUCUAACCGAAGCUGAGCUGGAAAUUUGCUUUGUCUCAAUGGACUCUCAGUUCGAGGCUGAUUUUCUCCAAGUCUGGGUGCUAGAGAUGCUAGAAAAGUUACAGAAUGCAGAUAAGCUUAAUUUUGGGAGAAACUUUGUUCAGAUUUUAUCAAUUGCUGAGAUUCGUGGUGCUCAUUUCCCCUUACUCAAGGUCAAAGCAAUGACUCUUGAUACAAAGAUCUUUCAGUAUGUUAUUCCUGGCAUAGAAAGACUGUUACAAAGAUAAGGAGAAUGAGAUAAGAAGAC